AUGAUUUUUUUGGUAAUUACCAAUCUGCUGCAGCAAGCUCAGGCGGUCGCAGUUGUAGCCCUGGAUCCGUGCUCUGCCUACAUCAGCUUGAAUGAACCCUGGAGGAACACAGACUACCACGUCAACCGGUCGUCGGGCGUGCCACUGUGCGACAGCCACGUGUCUGGUGAAUGGUAUCGCUUCACUGGCAUGGCUGGGGACGCCAUGCCCACCUUCUGCAUCUCCGAGAAUCACUGUGGCACGCAUGCCCCCAUUUGGCUCAACGGCAGCCACCCCCGGCUCCACGAGGGCAUCGUCUCCCUGCCCGUCUGUGCCAGCUUCAAUGACAACUGCUGCCAGUGGAACGCCAGCGUGGAUGUGAAGGCCUGUCCUGGAGGAUACUUCGUCUACCGCCUGCCCAGACCUUCAGUCUGCUUCCAUGUUUAUUGUGGCCAUUUCUAUGACAUCUGUGACGAGGUGGAUUGUACAGGUCCCCAGUGCCCAGAAUCUGACUGUCGCUGUGCGCCUGGAACUGUCCUGGGACCAGACAGACAAACAUGUCUAGAUGUGAAUGAAUGUGAUAAGGCCAACGGUGGCUGUGCGGAGCUGUGCGUGAACACCAAAGGAUCCAGGCGUUGUGAGUGCGGCCGAGGCCGUGUGCUGGAUGAGGACGGGCUCAACUGCAAAGAGAUAGCAGGCUGUCACGUCAACAAUGGAGGCUGCAGCCAUGCCUGCUCCUUGCUGCCGGACUCCUAUCACUGCCACUGUCCUCGAGGGCUGGAGCUGGGAGACGAUAAACGCACGUGUCAGGUGCCGGUCCAGUGUGAUCCCAGCUCUAUCACAGUGUCAGUUCCUAAGGAUCUCGUAGGAGGACUGGAGCUCUCUCUGUCCAACUCAUCUUGCCGUGGCGUCUCCAAUGGCACACACAUCAACCUCAGCUUCAGCCUCAAGACCUGCGGCACAGUGGUGGAGGUGACAGAUAACAAGAUUGUGGGGACCAACCUGGUGACAGGUCUUCCCAGGAGCAGCCCAGGCAGUAGCAGAGACUUAAUAGUCCGAACCAGCAGGUUAGUGCUCCCAGUCACCUGUGAAUUCCCCAGAGAAUACCAAGUGUCAGACGGAUACCAGGCAAGUCUGCGCAGCUCAGCCUUGGAACUGGCAGGCCACAGUGAGGGCGUCUUCCGGUUCUCCCUGGAGCUCUUCAAGAACUCUGAGUUCUCUGAGUCGUAUGGUGCUCCGCCUCAGCUCCGCCUGCACGACUCCCUGUUCUUCGGGGUGGAGCCAAAGGAGAGAGUGGAGGGACUCUCUGCUCUGGUGGAGAGCUGCUUCGCAACACCAGGCCCCAGAGCUGACCAGGCCCUCAAGUAUUUCCUCAUCAAAGAUGGAUGCAUCUCAGAUGAAACAGUGACACAGUACUCGUCAAAGGACCAGCUCUCUAAGCACUACCAGGUCCCUGUCUUCAAGUUCAUUGGCAAGGAGAACCGACAAGUGUUCCUCCACUGCCAGGUGUUGGUAUGUGGAGCAGGAGACUCCCGCUGUGCUCAGCAUUGUCGGGGACGCGUCCGGAGGGAGGUUCAGACGGAUGAACCUCAGGAGCAGCACACACUGAGCGCAGGCCCCAUCUUCAUCAUGCCUUAA